UUAAACUUUCUGAAACUUCGCGUCAGUCCGCUGUUGCUGCUCCGCCAGCGCACACUGCCUGCCCUCUUCACAAAGACUUGCUCUACGAUAUAUUACUCUUAAUAAUGCACGGCCAUGACUCUUUACUGCUUUUCUUCCCUUUUGUUCUCUUUCGCAUCGGACUGAAUGCAAUAUCAGCGCAAUCGGCCAUGUACGAGACAGAUGUGGUCGUUCCACAGCAGCUGCGGCCGGACGAGGUGCACCUGCUCCAGGGAGCCUACAGGUGGAGCAGGGGUCGCAGACCACGCUCGGACCAUCAGCAGGAGGACCACCUGUUUCUACGACUGCCUGCUUUCGGAAAGGAGCUUUACUUGCAGCUCCAGAGAGACGACUCUUUCCUCGCCGAGGAGUUUGUGACGGAGGAGAGGGGUGAGGAGGGCAGCUUUCAGCACGAGCCUGUUCUAAGGGUCAGACGGUGUUUCUAUACCGGAGCCGUUCUCAAUCACACAGACUCUUUCGCCUCAUUGGACGCUUGCGGUGGACUGACUGGCCUGGUUCAGACUGAAGAGGAAAGACUGUUCAUCGAGCCAGUGGGCCAGGCUGCGGAUUCCUUCUCUGGCUGGGAACACCGAGUGAUCCGGGAAAAGCAUUCUUCAUCGGAUGGACCUGCUACUGCUGAAGAGAGCGGCCCGAAAUUCUGCCAAACCAUCCAAGACAGGAAGAAAGAGAAAAGGGCAAAAGGAGCAGAGGAGGUCCGAGGCAGGAGGAACGCCAUCAGGCUGAGCAGAGAAUACACGGUGGAGACGGUCGUGGUGGCCGACGUUGACAUGGUGCAGUAUCACGGAGCUGAGGCCGCCCAGCGCUUCCUGCUCACUGUCAUGAACAUGGUGUAUAACAUGUUUCAACACCAGAGUUUGGGUGUGAGGAUCCACAUCCGGGUUACCAAGUUGGUUCUCCUGCACACCCGUCCAGAAAAGCUGAAGGUGGGCCACCAUGGAGAAAAAGCCCUGGAGAGCUUCUGUCACUGGCAGCAUGAGGAAUACGGCGCACGAUACCUGGGUAACAAUCACGUUCCUGGGAGCAGAGACGAUCCUCCUCCUGUGGACGUGGCUGUGCUGGUCACCAGAACAGAUUUUUGCGUCCAUAAAGAUGAGCCUUGUGACACAGUUGGAAUCGCUUAUCUGGGCGGCACCUGUAGCUCCAGGAGGAAGUGUGUGCUGGCGGAGGACAACGGACUCAACCUGGCCUUCACCAUCGCUCAUGAGCUGGGCCACAACAUGGGCAUGAGCCAUGAUGACGAUCACGCCAGCUGCGCGGGCCACUCUCACAUCAUGUCCGGGGAAUGGGUCAAAGGUCGUAACCCCAGUGACCUCUCCUGGUCCAGCUGCAGUCAUGACGACCUGGAGAAGUUCCUCAGAUCGAAAGCAAGUGCCUGUUUGCUGCAUACUGACCCACGUAACCGCUACCUCAUCCGUCUGCCGGCCAAACUUCCCGGGAUGCACUACAGCGCUGACGAACAGUGCCAGAUCCUCUUCGGCACCAACGCUACGUUCUGCACUGAUAUGGAGCACCUGAUGUGUGCUGGUCUCUGGUGUUUGGUGGAAGGCGACAAGUCAUGUAAAACCAAACUAGAUCCACCGCUGGACGGCACUGAAUGUGGAGCCGACAAGUGGUGCAGGGCGGGUGAGUGCGUCAGUAAAACACCCAUCCCGCAGCAUGUGGAUGGAGACUGGAGUCCAUGGAGCACGUGGAGCAUGUGCAGCCGAACAUGUGGCACAGGAGCGUGCUUCAGACAGAGGAAAUGUGACAACCCCCCGCCCGGUCCAGGAGGAAAGUACUGCCAGAAGACCAGCGUGGAGCACAAAGUGUGUGAAGGGCCGCCGUGUACGAAGGGUCUGCCCACGUUUAGAGACCAGCAGUGUCAGUCUCAUGACCGGCAGGCCAGUAAGAAGAAAAGCCAGAUGUGGACAGCUGUGAUCGACGAUGAAAAGCCAUGCGCUCUGUAUUGUUCACCCAUCGGCAGUGAUGCACCGGUACUAGUGGCAGAGCGUGUGCUGGACGGAACGCCAUGUGGACCUUACGAGAGCGACCUGUGUGUGAGCGGAAAAUGUCAGAAAAUCGGCUGUGACGGCAUCAUCGGUUCUUCUGCAAAAGAAGACCAGUGCGGCGUCUGCAACGGUGAUGGCAAAUCCUGCUGGAUCGUCAAAGGAGACUUCAACCACUCCAAAGGGAUGGGUUACAUCGAGGCAGCUGUCAUUCCGGUGGGAGCUCGGCGAAUCAAAGUUGUGGAAGACAAACCGUCCCAUAGCUUUCUGGCUCUGAAGGACUCCAGCAAGCGAUCCAUAAACAAUGACUGGAAAAUCGAGCUGCCAGGGGAGUUUGAGCUUGCUGGCACCACGGUCCGCUAUGUGAGGAGAGGACUGUGGGAAAAAAUGUCUGCCAAGGGACCCACUAAGACUCCACUCCACCUCAUGGUUCUGCUGUUCCACGAUCAGACAUACGGGAUCCAUUAUGAGUACACGGUUGCCCUGAACCAGUCGCAGGAGAACGUCAGCGGUCCGGUGAAGGAACCAGAGCACAUGUACCUGUGGACUCACAGCAGCUGGGAGGACUGCAGUGUGCACUGUGGAGGAGGGGAGAGAAGGACUGUGGUCUCGUGCAUGAGAAUCGUUAACAAGACCAUGACUCAAGUCAACGACAGCUACUGUCAGGUGGAGAACAGACCCGCGCCUCAGAUCCGCCGCUGCAACAUCCACCCCUGCCAAUACAGGUGGGUGACAGGCGAAUGGGCGCAGUGUUCAGUAACCUGCGGGAAAGGCUUGCAGCAGAGGGAAGUUGGCUGCGUGUACCAGCUGCAAAAUGGCACGUACAUCCCCACCAGAGACCUGUACUGUCUGAGCUACAAACCAGCCAGCGUACAGCACUGCGAGGGGCGCCACUGCCUCACCGUCUGGGAGGCCUCCGAAUGGUCCAAGUGUUCCUCUGAAUGUGGUCGCGGCAGCAGGAAGAGGACAGUGACCUGCACCAAUCCUCAGGGUCUCUGUGAUCCCGUGUCUCGUCCUGCAGAGGUGGAGAUGUGUGAGGAUCACUCCAAAUGUUAUGAGUGGAAGACCGGCGAAUGGUCCAAGUGCUCAUCAUCCUGUGGGCGGGGCCUGCAGUCCAGAGUGGUCCAAUGCAUGCACAAAGUGACCGGUCGCCAUGGUAGCGACUGCCCAGCAGUCCUGAAGCCCACCGCGUACAGGCAGUGUCAUCUUGGGACGUGUAAUGUGAAAGUCAAUGUGAACACCAUCACCUCCCCUAGACUGGCUGCAUUGACGUACAAGUGCACGGGGGAUCAGUGGGCGGUUUACUGCAGGGUGAUCCGAGAGAAGAACCUGUGCCAGGACAUGCGCUGGUACCAACGCUGCUGCCAGACCUGCAGAGACUUUUACACCAACAAAAUGCCCCCUAAGAGUUAAUGACCCUGGCACUCCCACACACAGAGGUUUAUUUUUGCCUUCUCCAUUUGUACUGUCAAAAACCACGUUUUUUAUUCUUAUUAAAAAUGUUCUUACAUGAAAAAAUGAAAGCAGUGGAACAGAUAUUUCCAGCAGAACACACUCUAUGCAAGUACGUAAACGUAACCAUUUCUAUGCAUAACUUUAUCACCCCCCUGCACUGAGUAUGUACUUGCAGUGUGUUUGCCAAGCGUUUGCGUACUUGCAUUACGUUUGUUUCUUGUUUACGGGCUUGAAGGUUUCUUGUUUCGUCAUGUUUUGCUGUAAUCCACACUUUGGCCCUGGAAGUGACUUCUUCAGCAUACUGGCCUGCCUGUUGCACUGUGGGUAAAACUCAUUUCACCAAAAACUGCUUUCUUAAGGCCACUGGUUGGCCAAUAGCUGAUGGACUUUGUAACAACAGCUUGUUUUUUCCAGAUCCGUAUCGACAAUCUUUUGUUUUGUUUUUGAUUGUAUUAUUAUAAUUAGCUGUCUUGUUAUAUUGGCUCUGUAAUCAAAACCUAGUGAACUUCCUUGCUCCUUCAAUCACAAUUGAUUUCAGUAGAGUUUAGAAUUGACCUGUUUCUAAGCUAACAAUGCAAUACUCUAGGAACACACAAAUAUUGGACAGCAUUGUAGUUUUUUAUUAGACUGAACAAUUUUUUGUAAAUGCUUUUAGGUACUGAAUGGAUUUUAUACAAUAUAUAAUCAUCUUUUCCGUUUCAUCCACCAAUUCAGAUGUUUUCUGAGCUUGUUGCAGUGCAUUUAUACUUAUGCAUUUGGCAGAUGCUUUUAUCCAAAGCAUCUUACAUUGCAUUCAUGGUUUACAUUUUUACAUCAGUUCAUGCCUUCCCUGGGAAUCGGACCCAUGAUCUGGCUGUUGCUAGCAGCAGGCUUGAUUGCAUAAUCUGUUAAUGCAUAAUCAGAGAAUAAAACCUCCAUAAUGCAUAGCAUAAUCUAGCAUAAUCUGAUUGAGUUUUGUGCUACUUCAGUAAAGCGUGAAAUGCAUAGCGUACAUAUUGACCUUCACACACCAUCGAUGCCUUUAAAUGCUCACUAGGUUUUGGAACAGAGCGUAUAUGUGUGUGUGUUCGAGACCUUGGCUCUCAUCUACCAGGUUGCACAAGGUCACAACAGGUGCUAGACAAAUUUCACUACUGUGAAAUUCAGCAGUUUCUCCACGUUUUGUUCUUGUACUUUUGUAUGUAUUUAAAUGAAACGUGUUUUUUAAUGUUUGUUGGGAUUAUUUAAUACAUAUUGUAUCUAACUGCUUCUGUCAGAACUAUUUGGUGCAACAGCUUCAUGUUCCAGGCACAGUGAAUAUCUCUUCUGUAUUCCAGUACUGUAUGUCAGUAGUUGCACACGUGAUCAGUACUUAAAUUGACACUUUUGAUGGUGCUAAUUUGAACAUUUCAGACUGUUCGUACAAAAAAAUAUAAUAAUA